UAUACGGAACCUGGGGCAUCUGAUAUGGUUCGCCAUAGCUCAUCCUACCUCAGUUAUCCUGAAACUUCUUCUUAAGAUGGACGUGGUAUACAAUAACGAGAUAUAUGGAACGAACCUGUUACAUCAGGCAGCACUCCAUGGUCGAUCUGAUUAUGUUGCUAAGAUACUUGAGCUGGGCGCUGAUGUCAACAUGACAACAAAAUCAGAAAAAUAUAAUGUUCUCCAUUUAGCAGCAAUGUCCAAAAGUGACAGUGAAAUGAAAACAAAUGUGUUUUGCUCAUAUAUAAGAUCCGUUUCUAUCCAAGGCCAAGAGGUGGAGGAUAGAGAAUACGUACCUGACACCUUAAAGCAGUUUGUAAACAGGCAAACUUGGAACGAUUGUGUGGCAAUUCAUGUUGCUUGCAGGACCAACAAUGCUGGAGUGAUUAGGUUACUGUUUGACGCUGGUGGAGAUGUUAACGCUCGUGAUUAUCUUGGGGAAACGCCACUUCAUGUAGCUGUAAAGAGCUCAUCGGUAGAGUGUCUUAACAUUCUGCUUGAAGCAAAUGCUAUGGUGGAUGUGGUGAAUGCAGAUAAACAAACACCACUCAUAUGCUCAAAUCAAACACACACUGACAUAGUGAAAGCUCUGGUUGAAGCUGGGAGUGACAUAAAUCAUGCAGAUCGCAAUGGAAGAACAGGUAUGCAUAUAGCUGCGAAAUGUGGAGAUGUAGACACUGUCAGGUACCUGUGUAAGAAGGGAGUUGAUAUUAACGCCACAGACAUACAUGGACAGACAAGCUUGAUGCUGGUUGCCCUGUAUGAGGAAGUAGACAUAUUGAAGCUGUUGUGUGAGAUGGGAGCACGACUUGACAUCAGAGACAAUGCUGGCGAGACGGUGCUACAUAAAACUGUCUGGACCGAGGUAGAUGCUGCUGAGAAACUUUUAUAUCUACUUGAGGGCCAGAAUGUUCCUAUUGAUGCUCUGGAUAACAGAGGAAGGACAGCUUUGUUUCCUGCAGUAGAAUUUGGCGAUGUUGAACUCUUGUGUCAAAAGGGAUUUGACUUACAGACGCGUGAUAUCCAUGGUACUUCUCUGUUACAUGCAAGUUGCAAACCAGGACUCGGAGAUGUCAACAACAGAAGGAUGGUUACAGCUUGUUGA